AUGAUCCUGCGUAAUUUUUCUUUCCCGAAGACCACAUCCCUUCUUGACUUGCCCGCGCCUGUCGUCGUAGAGGCGGCUCGCCAACAUCCUUCAGCCCUUGUCCCGAAGGAGCAUACUCGUCUUGAUUCUGCCGAAUACCUUCUGUUGCACUUCUGUCGUUUACGCCCCGAGUUGGAUGUUGUACCUAACAAGGCUUUGUUUGCUCGUGAUCACCCUUUUAUCAAAUGUUCGUUGCCCUCUGUAUCCUGUCUGUGCGUUAUCUCGGGCUACAUUGAGAUGUGGUUCUACGGAGAGGCUGUCGCGGCUGCUCUGCGCCGACUGUAUAAUGACUUCCUUGCUAAUCAAGACCCUAUACCGAACCAUGUGCAUGAACUCUCGAGUGUACCAGACGGGAUCAAGGUCUACGAGGCUGCUGCCAUUUGA